AUGGGUGUGGUGACGGUGACGAUUGUUGAGAACAAAGAAGUCACCCUCCACCCCAACGAAGAUCCCGCCGUCAUAGCCCGAUUCCAACGCGAAGUCAACCUCCUCUGCAACAACAAGAUCUUUUGCAACGCCAAAUCCCAAGUCCUCAUCAGGGACCAAGAGGUCUACGACCUCGUUGUCAAGGACGGCGUCGGCAUCGGACAGAUUUUCCGGUACUUGGACAAGCUGCCUUCGUUUGAUUUGCAUGGGUUGGGGAGGACGGAUCGGACGUUCUGGAGAGAGUAUUCGUUAAAAAUUCCUGGGGUUGAUUGUAGGUUGUUGGAGGUUUUCCCAUCGACGCUGUCGGAGGAUGGAUGGUUGCAUGCGCCUGAUGAGGAGGUUUGUUGGGAUGUCGAGAUGCAGCAGGAUGACAACAUUGCCUGGGUGAACCCUGAUCUUGAAGUCAAGUAG